AUGGGAUCCCUCGAAGAGACAUGCGCAUCCCUGCGCGCCCAGAUCACAGCAACAGAAGAACAGCUCGCCGGACUGAAACGGGAUCUCGCGAACGCCGAACAAGCAGCGCAAUCCGACAGCGCAACGCCCACCCCCGCGGAGAACGAACACGAUGACGAGCCUGGCCACGGAAGAAGGUGGCCACUGCUCCAGGAAGAAUAUAAGCGAUAUGGACGACAGAUGAUUGUAUCUCAAGUUGGACUCCCGGGUCAAUUGAAACUUCGAUCGGCCAGGGUUUUGCUCGUCGGGGCUGGAGGACUGGGAUGUCCUGCUGCGCAAUAUCUCGCCGGUGCGGGCGUUGGCACUAUUGGGUUGAUUGAUGGGGAUACGGUCGAGGUGUCGAAUCUGCAUCGCCAGGUGUUGCACCGGACAAAGAAUGUUGGGAAGUACAAGGUGGACAGUGCGAUUGAGUCGCUGCGCGAGCUGAACCCGCAUCCCAAGUACAUUCCGCACAGAACACACCUCACGCCCGAUGAGGCGCCUGCCAUCUUCCAGGACUAUGACUUGAUCCUCGACUGUACGGACAAUCCGGCAACGCGAUACUUGAUCUCGGAUACUGCCGUUCUGGUUGGGAAACCAUUGGUCUCUGCGUCUGCUUUGCGGACCGAGGGCCAGCUUAUGGUCUUGAAUAACCCACCACGGGCUCCCGGGGAUAAAAGUGGAGGACCGUGCUAUCGUUGUGUGUUUCCCAGACCGCCGCCGGCUGAUAGUGUGGUCAGUUGUGCGGAUGGUGGUAUCCUGGGCCCGGUUGUCGGCACCAUGGGUGUCCUGCAAGCCCUCGAGGCCAUCAAGGUCAUUACUGCGCCUGAUGUUGAUGUGGUUGGUGGUGCUGCGAGUGUUCCUCGCGAAGCCCCAGCUCUGCAUGUCUUCUCUGCAUAUUCGAGUCCCCUGGUGCGCACGAUUCGUCUUCGUUCGCGCCGGGCAAAUUGUGCAGUAUGCUCUGCCGAAGCGACGGUCACGUUGGAUACGAUCAAGUCUGGAUCAACGGACUAUGUGUUCUUUUGUGGCUCUGCGAGUUUGCCGUCCUUGCUUAGUCCUGAGGAACGUAUUUCCGCGCAGGAGUACCAUGAGAAGUACCCUAGUGUCUCAUCUGCUUCACAGCCACACACCGUAAUUGAUGUGCGCGAUAAAGGCCAAUUUGGAAUCUGCAGCCUGGAAAAUAGUAUCAACAUCCCUAUCUCGGAUAUCCUUGCCUCUGGAUAUUCAAAACCCCCAGCGGUCGGUGAGCAAGAAGCUCCCCAGCUGCCCUCUUGGUUACCAUCUGAACUCGCUUCCGAGUCCAGUAAUCCGAUCUACGUUGUCUGCCGUCUAGGCAAUGACUCGCAGAUAGUCGUGAAGAAAAUGAAAGAGCUAGGACUAGAUCAGAAUGGACAGCGGUUUAUUGGUGAUAUCCGUGGUGGUCUACGAUCAUGGAAAGAACAGGUAGAUUCAGAAUGGCCUGAAUACUGA